CGUUCGGCUUGAUCGGUCAUCAUUUUUUUUUUAUUCGAGCCUGUCGCUGUUUUAAGAAAUUUAGAAAAUGGCGAGCGGUUACAGAGCUCUGUUGCAGAGUUUAGACGAAACGGAGAAAGAUGUGAAGCGUGGCCUGGGUCGUUCUGUUCAAAUUAGGAAGCCGAAGAGAUCGUGCUGCUGUUGCAGGUCAAACGCCGUCAUGUGGACGUGCAUCGCUACGUUCGUACUCACCGGACUGGUCAUCAGCGUCGGAUUACCCAUCCUGUUGACGGUUCCGGUCGAAUCCAGCUGGCAUUGGAAGCAUUGGAUGGCUCGUCUCUGGAGCCAAGUCGGCACUAAUUCUUCCUCCAGCAUCAUCAGCCAAGGGCAACAUGUUUUGGCUAGCGGACGUGACAACGGAACUGCCUCGUCUGCCAUCCCUUCCGCUAUGCCGGAAACGGACGCUAUUGGCAACGCCACCGCAUCGGCCACAUUCGUCAGAGAGACCAUCGCUCAAUUCCGCCAGAUGAUGGAGUGGACGGCAAGUCAGUACGACAAUACGCCCAAAGUUCCGCUAAUUAUCGGCUUGUCCGCCUUGCUACUUGUCAUCCUCACCAUCGUCUGGCUCGUCGUCUACAGGAAGAUCCGGCGUCGUCAGAGGCGUCGCACUAUCGGGAAGCUGGUGACAGAUCUACAAUCUGGAAAGACUUUACUCAAUUCGGAUGACAGCGAAGAAGAUUAGCGGCUAUUCCUUCGUGUGCGUGCGUGUGUCAUUAAAAUUCUCUUUUUUUAAUUAUUCGUUCAGUUUGAUUUGGAUAUUAAAUUGAAUUUGAAAAAAAAAUUGAUCUGCAAGGGCCUUGGGGAAAAGUGUUUUCAUCUAGUCGAGUGGUUUUUUUUUUAUGUGUACUAAUGUUACGUUGUGUACGCCCUUCUUUUCCCGUCCGCUUAACUGCGUCUAUAUAACAUG